AUGAACAACGCACCCACCAGCGACCACAAGCUGCGCGCCGUCGUACGCAAGUUGCCGCCAAACUUACCAGAGGACGUAUUCUACUCGGCCGUCCAGGCGUGGGUGAACGGCGAGACCACAGCGCACUCCUACUACGCCAAAGGGAAACUGCGCGGGGCAGACUCGAGCAAAGAAAGCGUAGCAUCGAGAGCAUACAUCACCUUCAACGAGCACACGCAGCUCCUCAACUUCCACGCAGCAUUCGACGGACACACUUUCCGCGACAAGCAGGGACGCGAGAGCAAGGUGUCUGUCGAGUACGCCCCUUUCCAGAAAACACCGGCAGCGCGACACAAAGUCGACGACAGACAGGGCACGAUUGACCAAGACGGUGACUUCCUCUCGUUUCUCCAGUCCCUACAGGCCACACCGACUAAACCUGAUUUCGAGGCUAAUUGGAUAGCGUCGCGAGCUGCUGAGAAACCUAAGACUACACCACUACUCCUUCACCUCGCACAGCGCAAGGAGAAGUCAAAGGCGAAGCGCGAUAAGGCGCGUCAGAAGCAGCAGCGAAAGGCUGCCGAGAGAGGGGGUAGUGGCACUGGCGCUGGCGUUGGUGGCAGUAGUGGCAACGGUAGUAAUGCACCACCUACCAAGUCUCCUGCUGACCCCUCCUCCUCAGCGUCGAAAACACCCGCUCAACCCAGAGGCAAGAAGACUAGGGGGGAAAAACGAGCAGCGAAGAAAGUACGCGAGGGCAUUUCGUCUCCAAGUACCCCGAAGAGUACUCCAGGCACUCCAGGCACUCCAAGUACCCCUCCUAUCAAGAUUCUCGCUCGUCCAGACGCGCCUGAUAAGCCAGCCGUGGCACCUUCUGCCCCUCCUGCAUCUGUCACUAACAGUAAUAAUAACUCUCACACUCAAUCACCCACACUCGACGCUCCCAAAGGGCCAAGAGGCGGUAAGCCCCAGCGAGGUCGCCCUCCCCGCUCGCCGCGUGGUAGAGGCAGAGGUAGAGGUGGCAAGCAGGCAGCUACGCCGACGUGA